CCUGCUUCACACUUCUGAAGCUUCCACCAAUUCUUUGGCUUUUCUGUUUAUUUUGCAAUCUGAUAUACUUUGACAAGCGUCCUACUGUUUUUAAACAGUUUUCCAAAGUGGUGUUUGGUUUUUUUUUAUAAAGUGAAAGUUGGUUCUUUUUAUCAAGUGAAAGAUUAUUGUGUUGUAUGUGAUUUCAAAAUGAUCUAUGGUUAUACAAGUUUUAGUUGCAAAUUAAGUGUUUACGUUUAGCAAAACGCGCGCGCCGAGCUAUGAAGUAGCGUAGUGCCCGAUGAGUGCGCGCGCGCGCGGCCCGUCAGGAUGAGCGCGCGAUGCCGCGACGCCGGCGCCGCCUCGCCUCGCGCGUGCGGGCCUACGCGCGAAGCCUGCUCGCCUUCCUGUUCAGCAACGUCGGCGUCAUCGUGCUGGUCGUGGCCUACACUAUCGCGGGUGCCUUCAUGUUCCAAGCCAUCGAAGGUGGGAGCGAGAUAGAGCGCGUCCACAACAUGACGCUGGAAAGGGACAACACUGCCCAGUACUUGUGGCAGAACGUCACGCUCACGUUGAACCUAUUCAAUGAAACCGAGCUGAAGAAGAGGUUCAGGCUGGAGCUGCAGCAGUACCAGCGCAAAGUAGUGCUGGCGGUCAAGAGGGGCUGGGACGGAGGUCGUUCUUCACGCCAGUGGAGCUUCUCAUCCGCCUUCCUCUACUCGCUCACCGUCAUCACCACCAUAGGCUACGGGCACCUGUCUCCAAGGACCGGCUGGGGCAAGGUCACCACCAUCCUCUACGCUCUUCUGGGGAUGCCGCUGUUCUUGCUGUAUCUCAGCAAUGUUGGAGAGCUCCUGGCGCGGUGGUUCAAAUGUUUGUAUGCGUUGGUGUGUCUCUGCCGUGGAUGUCCUGGAUUCACUAGGAGGAGGGUCGCACGGCUGCGGGCACAGGUGGAGAUAAGUGACCCCGAGAGCAUAGAGCGGCCGGCGCACUGGAGGGCGCGCUACUCCGACGCCGAGCUCACGCCUGAGAGAAGACCAGACUACAUCCGCAGCGCAUCCGCGCCACAGCCGUGGGAUCGACCCGCUCGCUACGACCCGGGCGCGCGUUACGACCCGGGCGCGCGUUACGACCCGGGCGCGCGUUACGACCCGGGCAUUCGUUACGACCCGGGCGUAGAUGGGUCGGUCGCCGGGCAGAGUGAGGACUCCGUCACCAGCGAGUUUAGUUACGUCACAUUCGAUGCUCAAACCAUCACCGUGCCGAUUAGUGUGUGUAUUUUUAUAUUGGUUGGUUACGUAAUGUUUGGCUCAAUGAUUUUCGGGAUGUGGGAGAAAUGGGAUCAAUUGGACGGAGCCUACUUCUGCUUCAUUUCGCUCAGCAGCAUCGGCUUCGGCGAUUUCGUGCCGGGCGAACGCAUAUACGCGGCGCGCAUCGAGACAUCGUUCAUCGUGUGCUCCAUGUACCUCAUGCUCGGCAUGGCGCUCGUGGCCAUGACCUUCAACCUCAUGCAGGAGCAGGUGAUCCAUUACUUCGCGGCCAUUAAGCGCGCGCUCAAGCGCAUAUGCCGCUGCAAGAGAUGACACGGGUGAAGUCUUCGGUCUCCGAGUUGCUGAAUGUAUAGUUUUUGGAAUACACUACUUGAAAUAACUAUGUUUAAAUCUGUUUAAUUGUUAUACAACCAUAUCCAGGCCCAGGAAAUCAGUUUAGCGAAUCAAGAAAAACCAGUAAAACCUUAUUUUGCAAUAUACUGGCAAUAAAUAAAAGAAUCAAUAAAGAAGAAAUUGAUAAUUUGGACGUAAUUCGAACUUCGAAAAUAGUCGCGAUGCUUUUAAAUAAACAAAAGAAAAUCAAAAAUAGUGCAUGUAUUAUUUGGUAAACACAAUAAUUAAUUCAGAUUUAAUACUUAAUUAUAGACACCUGGUGGAUUCCCAAUCUGAUUUUCAGUAAGUUACAGUAGACCAGAGCCAAGAAAAAAAAGUAGACCAUAGACAAAUAUUAGUGAAUUUUGUUUAGUGUGUUUCAAAAGCAAGGAGACUAGCGUAGUAUAAAAUAGUGUAAAUAAAUAACGUGUAUAAGUUAUUGUUAUUAUGUAGUUUGAAAUAAGCAUUGUUUUGUAUACGAGAGAGUGCUCGAGUGGAUAAUGAGUUUAGACAUAAAUAAAGAC